GUUGCCACAGUGCAGUGCAACAAAUAAUAAAUAAAUAAAUAGUCAACGCAGAGCAUUAAACGAAUAAAUUGCACCCCACAGCGCGUCAAUUGGGUUGGAGAUUGAAAUCCGAGUUAUCUGCUUCGUUGGUGCGGCUGCCACUGCGUCGCGUUGCGUCCGCCGUAUCAGUCGCUGGCUGGAGCGCUGGGAGCACGGAAGCCACACAAUCAGCGGCGCAUUUAAAAGCCUCCAAUCCGUACGCUGCUGCGGCAGCCCGCGGGUCAUCGGAUUGCCAUGUCCUACUUCACGCACGCGGCCAGCAGCGACCUGGUCAACCUCAAUGUGGGUGGUCAGCGCUUUUCGACGUCGCGGCAAACGCUUACGUGGAUCCCGGAAACCUUCUUCACGGCCCUCCUCAGCGGACGCAUCUCGAGCCUGAGGGACGAGCACAACGCCAUCUUCAUUGACCGCGAUCCGACGCUCUUCUCCAUCAUCCUCAACUACCUGAGGACCAAGGACAUCGACAUCAAGAACUGCGAGAUCCGCGCCCUGCGCCACGAGGCCGAGUACUACGGCAUCACGCCGCUGACCAAGCGCCUGGCGCUCUGCGAGGACCUGAACCACUCGUCCUGCGGCGAUGUGCUCUUCUACGGUUUUCUGGCGGCGCCGCCAAUGCCCUCUAACGAAACCGUUCCACCCGCCGCAGUGGACGAGUCGGUGCCCUCCACAUCGUCGAGUGCAGUGGCUGCUCGCCCCGGCUCCAUGGUGCGCGUCCCAGAGCCCUCCCGUUCCUCACACUCGCGCAACUCUUCGUGGGAUCUGCGCCUGGGUCGCACGGGCAGCAGUGGCAGCGGGCCCAAUCCGCCAGCUCCCAUGCUGCACUCUCGGAACCCCUCCAUGGACUUCAUGCGACACUCGCGCAAUUCCUCGGCGGAUCUGAACAAGGCCUUUCGAAACGAGGUGGGCCUGGUGUUCAGUCCCACGCAAAACUCCAACUGGGUGGACCCCAUGCGGGUGCAGAUUAUCAAAGCGCACCAAAACUGGAUAGCAGUGGCCUACGCCCACUUCGUGGCUUGCUAUCGCGUCAAGGACUCCAACGGCUGGCAGCAGGUGUUCACCUCGCCUCACAUCGACGCCACUAUCGAGAGGAUCGCCAUCAACUCGAAGGUGAACACAUCCACGGCGGAGCCAGUGCCCAGCAAGAUGGUAGCCAUCUCGUACGGCAGUCAGAUCAGGCUGUGGAGCAUCCAGGAUGGCGGGCAAAAGACCGACGUGGGCACCUUCAACCUAAACGUGCGCGUGGAGUAUUUGUUCUUCAUCGGCAGCCAGCUGGUGGCCCUGUCUUCCUCCGGCAAGAUCGGCGUGUGGCACGCCAUGACCCAGCACUGGCAGAUCCAGGACCUGGUGCCUGUGCUCUCCUUCGACUCGGCCGGCUCCUUCCUGCUGCUGGGCUGCAAUAACGGCUCCAUCUACUACAUAGACAUGCAGAAGUUCCCGCUUCGGAUGAAGGACAACGAUUUGCUGGUCACUGAGCUCUACAAAGACGUAGCACUGGACCCCAUUACGGCCAUCUCGGUGUACCUUACCCCGAAAACCUCGAGCAUCAGUGGCAAUUGGAUCGAGAUUGCCUACGGCACCAAGUCCGGAGCGGUGCGGAUCAUCGUCCAGCAUCCAGAGACGGCUGGCCAUGGGCCACAUCUCUUCGAAACAUUCUUUGUCCACCAGAGCCCCGUAACCAAGGUAAUGCUGUCGGAGAAGUACCUCGUCUCCGUGUGCAGCGAAUACCACCACGUGCGAACCUGGAGUCUGACCCGCUUCCGUGGCAUGCUCUCCACACAGCCGGGCUCCACACCCGAGGCCUCCUUUAAGAUCGUCUCGCUGGAGGCCACCGACACCAGCUACAGCUAUGCGGCUGGCAACGAUUUCGGGCCCUACGGCGACUAUGACGACAUGAUCUUCGUGCAGAAGGUGGUGCCCGAGACGGAUCAGCUGUACGUACGCUUGGCUUCUAACGGGGAUCGCGUCUGCGUAAUCCGCUCCGUGGACAGCUCGACAGUUUCGGCCUUCUGUGUGCACGAGUGCGAGGUAUCGUCGCGCAUGGGAUCCCGGUUCAUACUCACCGGUCACUGCAACGGCGCCAUUCAAAUGUGGGACCUAACCACCGCACUGGCGCUGCUCUCCAAGGAUGAGCCACAGCAGAAAACCAACGGCGGACCCGACACCAAUGAGCUUCUCCGCCUACUUGACCAGUGUGAAAUCAGCAAUUCAUCAUGCUCAACACCUUGUAUGUCACCGUGUCUAUCAGCUAUGGGCAACGGUUCUGGAAUGGCCUCCUCCUCCAUAGCCCGCAUGAAAGCCAGCAACAUAGCCCUGCUUAACCGGGAACCGGCGCUGGCUGCCCAGGUGCAGCCCCCCGCCCUGGUGCAAGCUCCACUUCCGGCGGCAGUGGCGCCGGCUGGCAUCCCGAUGGCUGACGACAACAACGAAUGAGACGUGGAAGCGGCUGCUUGGUCGGCGCUUGUCGGGCGCGUUUCAUCGUUCACAUUACCCAGGUGUAGCUUGAUCAUCGAUUACCAAUUUAUAUUCCUGCAGUUCGUGGUGUGCGCCCUUGUCUAUGUCUGGGUGACGCGGAUCACCCGCGGCCCAGCCACUGGGCCGUGAUGGACUGCCAGCAGGCAUUUACCCAAUCAGAUAAUCUCCAUAAUAUGUGCUCGAUGUGGUUGCAAGUGCAAUGUGUAUACCCGUUACCCUUUCUUUGUGUCCCGAACUUGUGGAUCGUACAGUUAGUAUUUUUUAAAACGCCUAUGUUCUAGUUAAAGUUAUGAAAAUUAGUUAAAACAAUGUAAACCAGAGUAUAA